CAAGAAGCAUGAUAAGGGGGGUUUAGAGUAGGGUAAUUAUCUACGGAAGCAAGAAGCAUCAUCUUUACUUCUCUCACAAAAAAUUCAAGCCACAAACUUCGCAACAUGAUUGGAAAUAACAACUUCGCGAAACCAGCUCUAGCAGCCUCCUUUUUCUGUUGUGUUGCUCUUGCUGCUUUUUCCUGGGGAUAUCAAAAAGGCACCACCAAACCAGCAGCACAGGUUGUGAAGGAUCCAAACACCUGCCUCUAUGUUCCUGGAGCGGGAUUUUCUGGAUUCUUCUAUACCAUUGGUCAUCUUCAAGCCGCAUCAACCCUGGAGCCUACAGAAUCUGGAAACGUUGUUGAUGCCUCCUUUGAUGAAACUGACUACUACUGUUACUCUGCAGGAUGCCUAGCAACCACAGCUGUUCUGGCCAACAUCACUGUUUAUGAUGUUCAUGAUACUGCUUUUGCCAUUCAAGAUCAAUGGAAAAGUGGGGAGAUUUCCCAAUUUGAAGUAGUGGAAGAGUUUGUUGACUACUUGAUUGCCACGGGCAGUGAGCGUACAUUGAGCAACGAAGCUUUAUCCAAGAUGCACAUCAUUACCUCAGAGAUUGCCCCUACAGAGGGAUGGAUGGCAUUACCCAAGAUGAACAUGGUUGUGAGGACCCCACAAAAUCUGGAGGAACUCAAGGAGUUGCUGCUGCAGACCACUUGGAUUCCGGGGGCAACUGGGGACGAUUGGGCAUUGAAUGGCCACCUGGAUGGGGGCCUCACUGCUAAAAGUUAUCAAAUUUGCCAAAGAGCAGUGGAUCUUCCCAAGUUGUCCUUCUUGAACUGGGAAAGUCUGGAGUUCUAUGCCAACAUUCUGCUGGGUGUCAACAUGAAUGAAGACCAGAUUGAACGAUUCUGGUCAGCAGGAGUCCAACAAGGGUUGCGCAAACUUAGACCUUUGCAAUAGUAAAAGAACGGCAUAGUAAUUUUGAAUAACACGUAUUAAGAGACUGCAUGGAGUCCAUAGUUGAACAUCUUAGACCAUAUCGUUAG